AUGGGUCCUCUCACCGUCGACAACUCCCUUCCUUAUCGACUGGCCGACCUCCUCUCCAUCUCCCUGGUUCUCCGACAGACGGCCCCCUACCUGCCGGUGUCUUCGGUAUUUGCUCUAGCCGCAACCUCCAAAGCGCUCCACCACAUUGUGCAUCAUAGUCCCGACGUCUUCCGCUACCUUGAUCUUUCCACCGUCAAAUCAGCAAUUGUCCCCUAUGAGCCGCUCGACUCCGGGGGCAUCAGCUGGCGCGCCCAACGCAUGGACGAGUCGUUGACAGAGGAUGAGUUCUAUUCAGGCCCAGUCCGGGGCAUUUUCGCCAAACUGCAGCGGCGGCGUACACUACAGAACGUGCAGACAUUGGUACUGGAUGGCUUAAGCGUCCCUGCAGACCUCGUCCGAGAGAUUAUCGCUGAAGACGCAUUCAAUGUUCGCAUCCUAUCCAUCCGGGAGACUAAGCACUUGAACGAGCGCAAGCUGCAACAGGUGUUGCGCUACGCCGUGCGACCGGGCAGACCUGUGGGUACACCCAAGAUCAAAGGCAUCUACUUUUUUGGCCAGCGCGAGACCGUCCAGGAAGCGCCAAGACAGAAGUCUACAACCAAAAAGUCCAGAUCGCCUUCACCUAAAGGCGUCAUGUCGUCUCAAGGAGCUCAGAUCGGUGCGGAAUGGAAUCACAAAUCUUCAGAAGCACUCAGCGCUGCAUUGGCACAAUCUCCGGAUAAAUGGUACCAAUGCUCCGGGAGAAUGAUGCCAAAGCGAGCUUCUCUCGAAUGGGCCGAAACCCUCAAGGCGUGCGAAGGCAUCAUCGCUUUUGACGUAGUUCUCUGCAGAGGUCCACGUCAUGAUCCGGCUAGAGCUUUCGUCAGCAACAGUGAUAGCGAGGCAUCAGGGCUACCUCACCCGGCUUCGUAUCUCAGCCCUACCAUCGCGACCAUUGCCCUGGGAUCGAAGGGCUGCGACACAUGCCACUCGUGCCCGGAAAGACCAGCCGUAUUUGGACAAUCAUCGAGCUCCGAAUUUCCAUUGCUGAGUCCUAUACCUCUUCAUUCUAGCUCUCUGCGAGCAGCGCAAAUGCCACAUACAAUCGACGGUUCCAAUCUACCGCCUCUGUUUGUACGCUGUGAAGACUGUCUCAAGGGCCGCUGGUGCGAGCGUUGCCACAAAUGGUGGGAUGAAGACUGCUACACUGUUUCUGCUGUUGCCCAACGCACCGAGCUACAGCAGACCGAAUUCAUGCAGGAUGCCGCAACCGACGGGACCGCGCACAUGCUUCCCAAGCAAUCCAUCAAGGUACAUAUGGGUCUCUGCGUUAACAGCUGCCUGAUCGGUGAGAUGAUGGCCGGCGCGGGCAGCAACGGCAUGUGGGGAUGA